CUUUGGAGUAAAUCAAACACGCACACCAGAACGUCAGCGAGGACCUUCAUCCGACGCAUCUUCUAGCUUUUCUGUUGGUCUGGUCAAACGGCCUUUGGGUCUGCGUUUUGAGGAACGGGAAGUCGCGACAAAGGUGGGCGCGGCGGUAAGGACGUUGAGAAUUCGCGAGGUGCAGAAGGCUGGUUGGGGCGAACGCCAAGGGCUACAGGCCAAAGACGAGAUUGUCUGCGUUGGACGUACACCGGUAAGUGUGCUUCUUGCUUCCUCGAACUUUACAGGAAGAGGUUACCGCGUUGAAGAUGCGGAGGAACGGCACCGGGAACAGAUGAAGAACCAUGAAGACAUCGCUCUCGAAAAGGAUCGAAAGUGUAUGCGCUUGCUUGUCAACGCGUCGCUCAACGGAACUGCGGAGAUUUUCGACUGCUGUCCGUUCAGCGUUCUGAUCUAUCGGAAAAAAGCUAUGCCUACGACCGCAGUCUCAUCUGGAACUGCCGACGUCGAUAGUAAGACACCUGCAGAGCAGCUACAGGAGGUUUCGAAGCGUGCGGAAAACAAAAACGUGAAGCCUGUGGCAGAUUGCGAGACACUAUUGCGGUCGCUACCUAGAAAAUGGCAGGCCUACGUAAGGCCCAGUGGUUCGGUAGUAGACGGGAAUCCAAGCACUCCUUCUAUGCGUCCCGGUGCGGGUGCUCAGGAUGAAUUUGCCCCCACGGUUGAACAACAAAGUGCAGCCGCGUCAUCGAGCAUCCUCACGAGCAGUAGGAGGAGAGGCAAGGAUGAAAUUGGAGACGAGACAGGAGCUCUUCCCUCUCAAAAAAAGGACGCGGGAUGGGGCAAGAACUUUCUACGAGGGGGUAUUAUAGCGCAGAAACCGACGUUCACUCCUUGGUUUCAGCAGUUGCGGUGGGUCGAGGCUAAGCCUUGUCGCUCGCUCAAUCUUCCGGUUGUGCUUCGCAGCCGGCGAC